AUGGUCUAUGGAGUAACAGCGCGUGGUCUUCCUUGGACGUAUGGAACAACUCAGAACCUGACCAUCCAGACUUUCGACUACAGUGGAACAGACGACUUGUCCAACGCGGUCUUGACGGCGCAAGUUCCUGGGUUCGGCGUCUCCAUGGACUGUGCCCCUGCUCAAGUGAACAACUUGUCAAGUGCUCUGCAAAGCCGACCGUGGUUACCCGCAGGCAUUCUGGCCGAGUACCUCGUCGGCGAUAUUUCCAGUCCCGACUGCCAGCUGACUGGAGUUUCUCUCGGUCAGACUCCAGGUCACAUGUACUUCCAAGAGAACUUCGACCCAUCAACAGGCUGGAAAUCCAAUUACCAAGGCUUCUUCGACUACUACGUCUGCAAUAGUGGUUACAACUAUGUAAACUAUGGAAACCCUGACGUCCCACAGCCCCAUGCAACCUCACCAGAACAGUAUCGAUUUCUUCUGACAAUGUCGGAAGUUACUUUUUGGUACAACGGUACCAGCGGUAGCCUUCCGUCUUCAAGCCAGACCACAAAUUGGACGAUAGCCCAGUCAACAGCUGUGCUUUGCAGGCCAUCCUACAGCAUUGAUCUUUACGAUGUUACCCUCGCACCUUUGAAUCGGACGCUGUUGAGGGCAGAAAAAAUCUCGAAUACGUCUAUUGAUCUGAUCGGCUUCGAUUUGGGAAAAUUUCUCGAUGGGAUUGUGAAUUCCCUGUCUGUUGCAGACUUCGGAGAAGGCGGUCCGGACUACGUGAUUGCGCCUGUUCCUCAAAUGUUCCUGCUGCUGGAAGCGCUGCUGACAGAUGCUCCCAACGGAUCACUCCUGAAGCCCUUAAUCCAACCUGAUCUGUUGCAGAAUGUUUCGACCCAAGCACUUGAGGGUAUUGGGACGCAGUUUGCCGACCAGUAUCUCAAGCAGGCCAAGAGCGAGCCCCUUACCGGCUCGUAUAUGAUGACCCAGCAACGCCUGCAAGUCAAACGAUUAACCGUCGGAUUAUUAUUGACAGCUUUGGGCCUGCUUGUCAUCACUGUCCUGGUAUUGAUCAAGUUCAGACCAUGGGACACGGCGCCUUGCACUACUGAAUCACUUGCCUCGGCGGCGAUAAUCCUUGCGAGUAGUAAGGCCUUGAGAAGUCAUAUGCAAACGGGCCAGCCGGACUUGGACAACUCUGUGAGAAAUUUGGAGAGUCGUGAGUACCAAACAGUCGUCGGACCCGAAGGCCUUUUCGAAAUCCAGCCAGUGGUCGCUCCGAGCGUCCCCACCGCUUCCCUUCAUUCCAAAGAAGACAAGUCAAAGAAAGAAUUGAGCCCGUGGUGGAGGCCAAUAGCAACGAGAAAGUGGUUCUCGGUAUGUAUACUCCUUGUGCCACUGAUUCUCAUUGCAGUCCUCGAAGUCAUUCAGCACGUGUCGGAUAGAAAGCAGGGCAUUGUGACAUUGGACUCGAGUGAUAGUUAUCACUUGACAAUUUCCUACAUCCCGUUAGCUGUGAUGCUACUCGUAGCACUGUUGUAUGGUUCCUUGGAUGCUACGGCUUCUGCAUUCGCGCCGUUUCUUGCCCUCCGUCGAGGAAGUGCUCAGGCAGAAAGAUCGAUAUCUGCGAGUUUGUUGUCGAAACUGCCCCCACAUGCGUUCUACCUCUCCCUUCGCAACCGCCAUUGGGUUAACACCUUCACCAUCUUGGCAGCGACGGUCUCAAGCUUUUUGACUAUUGUCACGUCAGGCUUGUACAGUCCGGUGACUGUUCAGUCACCUCAUGCUGUGCAGAUGCAGCAACUGAGUGUUAUGAACCUAUCUCAUGUCGACCUCUCUGAGGGCGACAAUCUUGCAGGGGAGACCACCAAGCUCAUGAUGCUAUUCAAUCUUUCGAACCCAGUCGGGACCUACGACGACCUGGUCUUUCCCUCCUUUGAAGCUCAUAUUCCCGAUGCCCUGCUGGGUGGGAUAGCACCCAAUGAAGAGGUCUUGAUAUCAAUGACGAUGCCCGCCUUGCGCCCGUCGUUGCAGUGUACAGUGGCUCCUGUUGAUAGUAUUACUACUGCCGACAACGUCUACCACUCUGGUACAAUGCAGGUCCUUGUUGACGGAACAUACACAUACGCUGACCCUGGGGAAGGGAUCUUCAGUACCCAGAAAGCAGUUUUCCCGUGGUCUCUCGGCACAUCGAAUACGACCCUUGUGAAAGAACCAGGCGGCUCAGCAGAUUGGAGCUAUACAUACAUCAUUCCCAAUGACACGGAGACGUCCGUCCCAAAAACUCAGAUUGGAGCUACAUCUCCUGUACAGUGGAUAGCUGAUGGGAAGACCUUGACCGCUCAUCAGACUUCCACGGAACAUACAGGGAAGUUAGAUGUCGAUCCGUCCACAGCAAACUUUGGCUUUGCGGGUGGGUGGGCGUCCGGGACAAGAACGAAUCAGGUGGUCAACAUCAGCCUCGAUGGGGCGAACACUUUUAUGGCAAAUACAUGGAAAAUGCAGACUGACUUGGUCAUUACACUCUGCUACCAAAUCUUGGAAGAGGUUCAAACGAACGUCACUUUCAACUGGCCUAGCAUGACGACGAACCAGGACAAUCCGCCGGUUGCGGAUCAGGCGACUGCUAGGAUUAUCAUGAGCAACGAGACCUCGACUCCAACAUGGAAAAUGAACACUACCGUGACAUCGGCAUCGCCGCACUGGUUUGGCAUCUCGCUCAACAUGUUUCUGUGGGCGCUGCAAGACAACACCACUGCCGCAAACUGCCUGAAUGCGUGGUUCACCACGUUGCAGAACAGGAAAGGAGGACAGCCUCUCUCCGAGCUCCUCGGGCAGGCGAAUCAAGACGGAUUGAUCAAGGCUUCCAAUGACAUGUAUGCUCGCUACGCUGCGCAGGCCAUCAACGCCAAUAUGCGAGCAUCGGGUAAAGCAUCAGGACAAGAUCUACCCAGCUAUAAUGCAACGAUCUUGGUGCCGGUACUUCGACUCAAGCAGAACAAGGGCCCGAAGAUCGUCCUGCAGGUGUUGUUGGCUGUUAUGGCUGUCUGCGGGGCGGUUGCUUACUCCCUGUUGAAUACCAAGGAACUGCUCCGGCAGAGUCCAUGUUCAAUUGCCGGGAAGAUGGAGCUGCUUGCGAGGAGUGAACUGUGUAAUACGAGGAAAGUCAUUCCUGAGGGUGCAGAGUGGUGGGAUGGGAGACAAAGAAAGCGCAUGGGACUUUUUGACGGCUGGUUCUUCAGUCUUGGUUGGUGGGGGGAUGAAAUGAAAUGGUAUGGCAUUGAUACUGGGAGGGCAGAGAAGGUUCAGUGA